AUUUGAUAACGCCAUUAUCAGAAUAAUCCUAUCGGUAUUUUAACAUCAUCACAUACACACUCGUGUUAAUCAUUAUCUUCGAAUACCUACAUUAGCCUUAUCAAGGGCAAGUUCUUUCACGUAGCUGCUGUCACUUGCAUCUGCAUCUAGCCGGCCAGUUCUGCUAUUAUACUUAUUCGUGGCUGGUGGGCAACUUCAGUUUAGGUUUAACAGUGCAUUUUUAAAUAUCCGUGUUAUACCAAUUUGAACCAUGCAGGCACCUCAGGAUACAACUACUCCGGAUGUCCUACCGACCUGCCCAACGGAAGAUGAAAGUGUUAAUAGUGAGAUCGUUGAGAACCCUCCCCCAUUGUUCGUAGCCCCGCGGGGACGUAUGGCCGAUAAGCUUGCUGCUUCUGCCCCGUACAACUUUUUCUUAUCUGCCGUCACGGAUUCGCAGCCUACACACACGGAUCCACUAUCGGUUACCUUUCAGGAGCUGCUGGAUCCUAGCCUGGGAGAGCUAGAAUGCUCUUUGCAGCUUACUUAUAUGAUAGAUAUAAACUGGUUGCUGGAGCAGUACUCAGAUGCAGGCUACGAGCAACACCCACUGCUUAUACUGUACGGCGAUGAGUCUGAGCUGGAAACGAUAUCGGACAAACAGCCUAACGUUACUGCUAUCAAAAUUAAAACUAAGACGGGGUUCGGAUUGCACCAUACAAAGAUGGGUCUGUACGGAUAUUGUGACGGAUCGAUGCGUGUUGUUGUUUCGACGGCCAACCUUUACGAGAACGAUUGGUACAAUCGCACACAGGGGCUUUGGAUCAGCCCCCGUUUGCCAGCAGUGCCGGAAGGUUCCGAUCCAACGUACGGGGAAAGUAGGACUGAUUUCCGUUCCAGCCUCCUUGAGUAUCUCGGUGCGUACAAGCUAGCGAAGCUGGAAUCGUGGAUGGCCCGUAUAGCAGAAACUGAUUUUUCCGGCAUAAAAGUAUUUCUCGUCUGUUCGCAUCCCUGCGGUGAUUAUUACAUACCCGAUGGUCCGUUGUGGGGUCAUCCGCGUUUGGGCGCUCUGCUCUCUCAAUAUGCAACCACAAUAGAUGCCACGUUCCCGCUAGUGGCCCAAAGCUCGGGCAUCGGUGAGUUCGGUAAAUCACCGCAAUUAUGGAUCCAACGGCAAAUUAUGCCCAGCUUUGGGAAGGACAAUGAGCAAAAAACUAUACGCCGUUUGCCGGGUUUUCGUUUAAUUUAUCCAUCGUUGGCAAACGUACUGCAAAGCCAUGAUGACAUAUGCGGUGGAAGUUGUCUACCAUACUCGGAGGAAGUGCAUAAACAACAGAAAUGGCUGGAAAACUAUAUGUAUCAGUGGAUAAGUCGAACGCGGCAUCGGAACAAAGCGAUGCCGCAUAUCAAAACCUACUGCCGCUGGACACCGGAAGGUCUUCAGUGGUUUCUGCUCACUUCGGCAAACUUUUCCAAAUCAGCCUGGGGUAUAACUCGCUACGAUAAGUUACUGUACAUAAACAACUACGAAGCGGGCGUACUGUUCCUGCCUAAGAUUAUGCUGAACGAAGACUUUCUUCCAAUGGAACCGAAUGGCAAACAUCCCCAGUUUCCGAUGCCUUAUGAUGUGCCAAUCAUGCCGUACGCUCCGAAGGAUACUCCAUUUUUUAUAAAUUACCUAAGGUCGGAAGAAUCAGAAUCAGAAUAAUGUCACCUUUAUUAUCUGUUGUUGGUAAACCGGUUCUACUCACUGUCUACGCCAAAUUAUAAACGAAAUUAUUUUUUUUUUUAGCUUGAGCGGAACAGUUUCAUUAUUGGUUCCAGUUCCAACAGAACAGUUCUUUGAUCGGGACUAGUUCAUGAAUCAGAUUAAUAUAGGAGAUGAUUGCAGAAGAGGUGGAUGGUACCAACAGAUAAAAAGUCUUGAUAAAACAUUUCCAAACUAAGAAUAGGUUUGAUACGAGUUCCAUGUCUAGGAUGGACUAGUUUUUCAACUGAGAUAGUUAAAUAAUGAUAGAUCGUUAGAUUUGAUAGAUUUGCAAACCAAGGUAGGAUUGGAGCAGGAUGCUCAUGUCCGUGUCGGAACUAUGGCCGUGGGCUGCACGGCCAAAAUAUUCAGAAUCGGAGCUAGACCGAAAACAAGUAUGAUACAGGACCCGGAUCUAAAUCGAAUGGUCUGGAAUAAUAAAUAAAUAAAUAAAUGCUAAAUUAACUCAUCUACAA